UAUAAAAUAUCUGCUAAAUUAUUGGUUAGUUUAUAUGUAAAAUAAUGUAAAAAAAUCAUAUAUUUAUAGAAUAGAUAUUUCCUCAUAUUAAGAGCCUCCUCCUACCUGCAUAAUAUUCCACAAUAAAGUUUUAAAGUAAAUGCAUAAAAAAUGAAAUUAAAUAUAAAAAGUGCAUAUUUUUUAGAAAACGAUAAUACCAAAAACUAGCAAAUUCUAAAAGAUAAAAAUUAAUUGCUGUUCUUACCCGCAGCGUCCAUUUAAAUACGCCGUACACUCGGAAGGGUGACAUUUUUUGUUUAAUGAAUUUUGAAAUUCACCAAAAUCGCGCGAUUUUGUGCGACUUCGGUGCGUUCUAAAACUCAUCGAACGGGAAUAUUUCGCAACUUUGUCCAUGUAGGUGUGCAACACACGUGGCCCGGCUAUUGUAGGCUACUGCGUCAGUCUGUGUUAGCUGAGUUUACACCAUUUGCAUAUCGGCGAAUAUCUGUAGCCCGGAAAUAGACGGUAAAUUCACUCGAAAUCUCGUGUCGGCAUUGUCGAGGAGUUGUGGAAACGUUUUUAGUGACGUUUCCAUUACUUCUUCCUUCAGUCGUAUAGAUUACUCGCGGUAGUCGGAAGAUUCGGCGAAGCCAGGCCCACGCGUUCGACGAUGGCAGAUCUACCAUCAAACGUAGGCAUCACGCGAAAGAUGUCCUUUGGUAUAAACGGCAAGUUCAACGGCGUCGAAAGCAAGACACCCUUCCUGAUCGGUGUCUCCGGCGGCACUGCAAGUGGAAAAUCUACAGUAUGUAAACGUAUCAUGGAAAAACUAGGACAAGUCGAUAUGGAUCAUCAGCAGCGCCGAGUGGUUUGCAUAUCACAGGACAGCUUUUAUCGCAAUUUAACAUCUGCUGAAAAAAUGAAAGCUGAGAAGGGACAGUACAAUUUUGAUCAUCCUGAUGCGUUUGAUGAUGAUCUAAUCUUACAAACACUGCAGGACAUACUUGCUGGUGUCAAGUGUGAAAUACCAGCCUAUGACUACAGGACAAACAGUUUAAUGAAAGAUCAAGUUACCACGAUAUAUCCUGCUGAUGUGGUGCUGUUCGAAGGAAUACUGGUAUUCUACUUCCCCAAGAUCCGAGACUUGUUUCACAUGAAAUUAUUCGUGGACACCGACUCCGAUACCAGACUUGCAAGGAGAGUGCCAAGGGAUAUAAAGGAACGUGGAAGGGAUUUGGAUUAUGUUCUAAAUCAAUACAUGAACUUUGUGAAGCCAGCCUUCGAAGAGUUCUGUCUGCCAACAAAAAAAUUUGCGGAUGUUAUAAUACCGAGAGGAGCGGAUAAUACAGUGGCGAUAGAUCUGAUAGUGCAGCACAUAAGAGACUUCUUAAGCAACCGAGGUAGAGUAAUGGCGGGACCUGAAAGUCCAAUAAACAGAGUAGAGGGAUUGUUCAAGAGGCCGCAUUAAUAUUCGAAAUUUUAGCACGGCAUAUAGAGUGAUCUGCUGAAUCAAAUUAUGUUUCACUCAUUUCGAUACUCAGAUUUUUUGUUCUGUAAUUUUAAUUUAUAAAACAUCAAUGUAGUAGGGGGAAAAUAUUGUUAUUUUAUGUUUUAACAGUACUUAUAGCAUUUGCAGUGAUAUUUGAGUAAAAAUUAGUAAAUAAUCGUGAAAUUAAAAGCUUAGUUAUGUACAGAAGAAAGUCGAAAGUUAAAAGAACAUUUGGAAAAAGAAUUUAUAAUUUACAGGAAUUUUUUUUUUAAUUAUUUUUUUUUUUUACUUAAUUCUCUGCGACUUAAAUGCGAUCUGUUGCUUUUUUAAAUUUCAUUCUGAAAUCUGUAAAAAAAUAGCACAAAAUCUCUUUCUUCUGGAAGGAAACUUAGAAAUUUGUAAAGUGAUGGAUCAAGUGCAUUGAAGUCGAAGAGGAUUAUGUAAUGUGACCCAAGAUAAAAAUUCUUGCAGGUUGAAAUAAAAUUUCUUUUUCCAGAUGUGACGAUUUUUCUUUGUAUAUAAAAACACGUAAGAUGUGACUAAAAUAUGUAGCAAAACUGCAAGAAUGAGUUACAUGUAAUAAAUGUAGGAAGAAUUUAUACAUGUACUAAAAAAUAAGACAAUCUAUUUUACAUCGUUCUCAUUCCUUUGGCACGGUCUACCAUUCGCGAUAUUAGUUUUGCUAUAUAUUUGAGCUACAUUCUAUGUAUGUGAGCAAUAAAAGAGCACUAAUAUCAAAUGAGAUAUAUUAUUGCGUGCAGUGUAGUUGUCAAUAUUAAUUUAUAGAAUCAUACACAGUUAGAAAUUGUUGAAAUAUAGUAAUAUUUU